AUGACUCCUCGGCAGCCAGAAAAAACAGAGACCCUGCUCCUCAUGGCACAGUCAUCCAGCACCAACCAGAGCUCCAUUGGCGGAGCUGAAGAAUGGUCUGAUGGAAAAGGAAAAUGGGGUGUGGAGCAGGCCUGUGACCACCACCUCCACACCCCCAUGUACUUCUUCCUCCUCAACCUCGCCCUCCUUGAUUUGGGCUCCAUCUCUACCACUGUCCCCAAAGCCAUGGACAAUUCCCUGUGGGAUACCCGGGACAUCUCGUACUUGGGAUAUGCUACACAGGUUUUUUUCUUUCUCGUCUUGAUUGUAGGGGAGUAUUGUCUUCUCGCCAUCAUGUGCUAUGACCGCUACGUUGCCAUCUGCAAACCCCUGGACUACGGGACCCUCCUGGGCAGCACAGCUUGUGUCCACAUGGCAGCAGCUGCCUGGGCCACUGGGUUGCUCUAUGCUGUGCUGCACACAGCCAAUACAUUUUCGCUGCCCCUCUGCCACGGCAAUGCCCUGGACCAGUUCUUCUGUGAAAUCCCCCAGAUCCUCAAGCUCUCCUGCUCACACUCCUACCUCAGGGAAGUUGGGUUGAUUGUGGUUGGUGCCUGUUUGGCAUUUGGGUGUUUUGUGUUCAUUGUGGUGUCCUAUGUGCAGAUCUUCAGGGCCGUGCUGAGGAUCCCCUCUGAGCAGGGACGGCACAAAGCCUUUUCCACGUGCCUCCCUCACCUGGCCGUGGUCUCCCUGGUUAUCAGCACCUGCACGUUAGCCUACCUGAAGCCCCCCUCCAACUCCUUCCCAUACCUGGACCGGGUACUGGCAGUUUUGUACUCGGUGGUGCCUCCCACAGUGAACCCCCUCAUCUACAGCAUGAGGAACCAGGAGCUCAAGAACUCCAUGAGGAAGAGGAUGACUGGAUGUUCUUCAGGAGCAAUGAACUGCCUCUUUUCUUCUGCAUAG